AUGAACCCGUUGGAGGAUGUGCCGUUACAGACCCUAUUGGGUCCGCUGGAGGAGGAAAUACACAUGGUGACGGCUCCAGAUAUCACUAUACCAGACUGCCAAAAGAUACUGCGAGAAACUAAGUAUGGAUUCAACAUGGAGAAAUGGAUUUUAACUGGGCAGCAGCCAGUCUGCCUGGCCCCAUCCUGCCCCCCUUACUGGCUGAUGUAUAGCAGCCCUCAGGUGAGUCGCAGGGCCAGUCUCAGGAGCAGCGACCCCUGGGCCCCGAGCCCUCGGCCCCGCAGUCACAGUCUGAACUCUGCAGACGCCCGCUGCUUGCAGCAUCGCACUGUCAAGUUCCUCGUAUCUGAUUCAGAGGAUGAGGACGGUUACUUCGAAGAUAAUGAAGGCUCCUCAACUGAAGAUGCACGUCACCCUGUCAAGAGCAGAGAUCGGCCCAGGAGCACUGCACCCAAAGACCCAAUCUCCAGAUUCAAAGACAUACACCUUGGUCCUUCCACUCACCACUGUAAGCCUGACUCACCUCAGAGCCUCCGAGGCCAUAGAAGCCCUUCCCUCCAAGACUGCAAAAAACCUCUGCGAGCACUGGAGCAGCACAGGUCACAGCAUGCCAGCCCACUCCCGCACGGGCAGAAGAACGGCAAGAAGAGGCAGCGCCCACUGGGUUCUGUGGGCAGGAAGUACUCUAUAAACACACCACCUGCUGGUCCUUCUCCAUCCAGACUGCAGCAGCAACGACCCUCCUCCGCCGGGCCUGUUGUCAGAAACCGCAGACAGAAGGCCCUGAGGACUGGCGGCUCUUGCGGGGUUUUCUUUGACUCAGCAGCAGAGCUGUUAUCAGCACUCAGCCAGGAGGAGAGGGAGCUGCUUGAAACCAUCACAGAGAAUGGCUUCCCUUUGCGCACAGCAAUUCUGGCUCUGCAGAAGACAGGCUAUCGCAGCCCAGAGAAGAUCCUAAAGUACCUGGUUGCCAGUGACCGUCUGUGUGAACUGGGCUAUGAUGAAGCACAGGUAGAGGAGGCAUUGGAGAUGUUUCAGAACUGUGAGAGCAAGGCUGCUGAGUUCCUGCGACUCCUGACUCAAUUUAAUGAGAUGGGCUUCCAGCAAAGUGCAAUCAAAGAAGUGCUGCUUGUUCAUGAAAACCACCGUGAGAGGGCUCUGGAAGAACUCAUGACACGCAUGGCUUAAACAGACCAUUUCCU